AGUCUCCUCCCGCUCUAUUCCGAACCGUACGUCAAAAUUCGAAUCGAACCCACUGGCCAUAAAUAUAAACUUCCAAAAGGGUUGCUAUGCCAGCAAUCUAUAUUCUUUGCGGCUGCGUUUAACGGGAGCUUCCAGGAAGGAGAGAAACAGUUUAUAACCUUAAAGGAAGAAGAGGAUAUCGUUUCUAUACGGAGCUUUGAGCUACUGGUACAGUGGAUAUAUAUCGGCAGAGUCAUCUUUGAUGAAUUACCACCAGAAGAAGCCGUUACUACUACCAUCGAGUUUGUCAGGCUUACGGAUAUAUAUAAAGUCACUGGUAUGGAAUCUUUAAUGGCUAAACGUAUCAAGGCCCUUAUCGUCAGUAACCCAUCUCUGACAAAAGCAAGGGAAAAGAAGCCGGCCACUAAUAUCCAUUGCCUUAUAUCCAAGCAUAUUAUCUCGGGCGUAUUAUUGCCUAAGGGGCACCCGGUACGAAGCAUACUAGCUUUGGCGGCCGUACCGGGAUAUCUUUCUCGCGAUGACUAUUUGAGCGAAGCCCUAGAGAUCCCGGACUUUGCGGUUAAUCUUCUUCACCAGGUACGGGCUGCUAUAAAUAGUUUCGAGUUUACCGGAUCUGGUGUCACGUUCCUGAACACUCUCAGUAACGCGAGAAUUAACUUACCUUAUAAGCCUCCGCCGUUACAGAAGGGUCAGAUACAGUAA